AACAAAGAAACGUUUAAAAAAAUGUCAAAAAUGAAUAAACUGAAAGUCACUACGAAAGAAAUUGACGAAAUAAGCGAUGAAGAUUUAAGGCUGAAAUUCAAUGUUCAAGUCCAGAUAGAGAAAGAGAGUAUAAGAGAAAUAAUGCAUUCGAAAGAGAUUGUUAUACGUUUGUUGGUUACCUCCGUAUGUUUCUUCAGCGCGAGUUUCAUAUUUUGCGGAUUGAUGGUGCACUCCGUGUUUUUGCCAGGGAAUAAAUAUACAAACUUUGCUUUAGUAUCUCUGACGUCAUUCCCCGGAGACAUAUUGGCGUAUUUUACUUUUAUAAAGUUUGGACGAAGAGUGUCACUGCAAUAUGCGUAUUUUGCAACUGCUCUGUUUAUUGUGUGCCAGGCAUAUACGCCAGACUCAAUAUCCUGGCUAAAAAUAGUUCUCUAUUUACUCGGAAAAUUUGGCGUUGUGGUGUGUUUUACUGGAAUAUUCACAUACAGCAUGGAGUUAUUUCCAACAAGCGUUAGAGGUUCUCUUGUGGGAUGCGGCAAUACAGUAGCCAGGCUUGGCAGUAUGUUGUCACCGCUCACACCUCUUCUGACAACAGAAAUGUCAACACUCCCAGCCAUCCUGUUCUCUUCAACAGCAAUACUGGCUGGAUCCCUUCUUGCUUUCACACCUGAAACAAAGACAAUGCCUCUCUUCGAUACUAUUGAACAAGUCGAAGCCUAUAAGGCAAAAACGGCAACUUAGCUUUAUUUGAUUUCCACUGGUCGGUCUUCGCUUUUAGGCCGUCUGUGCAUAAGCAUUGGAUCGAUGUUAUAUAGGACUUAAGGUAAGCGCGUACUGCGGCACGUACGACGGUAACCAACUGCAGGGAACACGUGUAAACUUAGUCUCAUGCUCGGUUUACAUUAUCUUAGUUUUUAGAACAUUGCUUAAGUAAUUCGUGUUCUCAUGCACUGAUUUUAGUAGAAAUAGCUAAUAUAUCCUAAAUACUAAAAUAGUGUUUUAACACUUAUUAGAGCGAUACCACUAGGGGUUUUGCGUCAUCGCAACGCUAUGAUUUCAAUGUAUACUAAGAGCAAUGCCACACUGAUGUUUCGUCGUCGCAACGGUACGAUUUUAAUCUACUACGUUUCUUGCGGUGGUGUGCUGUUUCAAUACACCGUGUGGCAUAUCGUUCUGAUUUAUAUGUAGUACAAUGCGGCGUCACAAACAGCGCGCGUCAACGGAACAGCUCGUGUGGCACUCAGUCGUUUGAAACCAACGCAGUAGCGACGACGCAACGCCGACGCAACACCGUGUUGCAUCUCCCUUAAGUUGUUUGCGGUGGCGCGCCGUGCCAACGCACCGUGUUAUUCUAAUUUAUAUGUACAGUCAACAGCACGUAUAGCAUAUAUAGCUUUUGUUCGAAUAUUGCCUCCAGUGCAACGGAUCAAUAUCCGUCUAUAUGUAGUUAGAUAUGCUCUGAUGUCUCUCGAUGUGAUGUCUGUAUAACGCAGCGUCAUAACACAACGUCCGCGUCGUCGCAACGCAUCGUGUGGCUUAGGCAAAGUUUUUGAGAGCAAAGCAUUUGUAAAUAUUCAUUAAUACCUCGACACUCUUUGGAUUUCCGAAUGCACCAGAAUUUCCAUGUGAUUACUAUCUGUUAACUAUGUAUAAUAAUUUUAAUUCAGAACUAUUCUUUUAUUUCUUCAAAGGGCAAUUGAUAGAAAUCCGACGAUAGCCCCUG